AACCGGACGGAGCUGUGGGAGGCACCAGCAUGCGUGCGGGGCUCGGGCAGGCCUUGCGGGGGCUGCUGCUGCUCUCGGCUCGGAGCUGCUCCUGCUCCGGAGCGGGAAGGAGGAGGCGGCUGGGGCAGCCGCUGCCGCGCUGCAGCUGGCUCAGCACCAUGGCCCAGUGCAGCACGGAGCAGCGGGGGCGGCCCCACUCGCCCGAGUACCGCCUCUACUUUAAGAAUGCGGAGGGUAAAUAUAUUUCCCCGUUUCAUGACAUUCCUCUGUUUGCUGGAUCUAAAGAGGAUAAGGAGGUUCCUGCGAAGAGAUCAAAGACUAAUGGAAGUGAGGUAGUGUUUAACAUGGUUGUAGAAGUGCCUCGCUGGUCAAAUGCUAAAAUGGAGAUUGCCACCAAGGAACCAUUGAAUCCCAUUAAACAAGAUAUAAAGAGAGGCAAGCUUCGAUAUGUGGCCAAUAUCUUUCCUCACAAGGGUUAUAUAUGGAAUUAUGGUGCCCUCCCUCAGACUUGGGAAGAUCCACACCAUAAAGAUAAGGAUACAGGAUGCUGUGGUGAUAAUGAUCCCAUUGAUGUGUGUGAAAUAGGCACAAAGGUCCACUCUCCUGGUGAGAUCAUUCAGGUAAAGGUUCUUGGAGUUAUGGCUCUUAUUGAUGAAGGAGAGACAGAUUGGAAGAUUAUUGCCAUCAGUGUGGAUGACCCAGAAGCCCAGAAAAUUCAUGAUAUUGAUGAUGUCAAGAAACACAAACCGGGUUAUCUUGAGGCUACAGCUGAGUGGUUCCGAUUAUAUAAGGUCCCAGAUGAUAAACCGGAAAAUCAGUUUGCUUUUAAUGGAGAGUUUAAAGACAAGGAUUUUGCUGUUGGAAUUAUUAAAUCCACCCAUGAAUACUGGAAAGCUUUGCUUCAUAAAAAGGCUGAUAGAGGUGCUAUAGAAUGUACGAAUAUUUUGGUGCAUGACAGCCCCUUUCGUUGCAGUGAAGAGGAUGCCAGGUUAAUUGUGCAAUCAGCACCACCUCCUGCGAGUGGAGAUUCUGUUUCUGCAGAAGUUGAUGUGUGGCACUUUCUUAACAAGUGAUCAUCGGAAUAUUCUGAAGUCACAUCAUCAAAUCUUAAAUCAUCCCUUUUUUCCUGAGUUUUGAAGACAGGCUUGGUUCCUAAUUGCUGGGUUCCUGUUGGAACAACUUUUCAAGUAACAUAAACCCUCUAUCAUGUAAAUAAACUGAUAUUUUUAAAUUGUU